UCGAGGACGGGUUACUGCACGAGCGACUGUCAAGGCUGCACGCGUUUGAUUGCUACUCUAGCGAGUGGGUUAAUUUCUGGAUGUCAACAUAUUUGAGAUAGUCAAGCUUAGUGUGAGUUGACGAAACUGUGUCCUGCCACGAGAAAAGAUUUAGUCAAAUUGACAGAAGUGAAGUAGACGAGGAACUAACGCCACAGGAUGGAGGUGAAGUAGAUGACGUUCAUUUUGGGUCGUCUACAAGGAUAAUGACCCAACAGUGAAGCGGCCAUUGGUACCGUCUGUGAAAAAUUCCUACGCAUUCUCUGCACCUGUGGACGUGUGUUCGAAGGUGUUAUAGCUGCUCGCCCAUCAGUGGAGAUAGAGAAGACUUUAUGCAUGGUUGCAGGAAGUGGGGCAACGAAGUUAAUCAACGGUUAAGUUUCAGUUCUCCCAUUAGGCUUGGUCCCACAUCCCGUCCCGUGGAUACCCCCACAUCCCCGGUGAAGUAGUGUAGUGCUACGCUCCGGUCACGUUCAUUAAUCCCUCAAAAUCAACUUGAAGGAAAUCUGGCAGCCUAUCUGAGUGUCUCAUACACAGCUGAUCCCCGCUGGCGGUUGGUGGCUGUUGGAGCCUGACUAGGUGACCGCGCUGAACCUUCACUGGCUCCAGUGUCAUCGUUGACAUUUAAAAAUAUAUACUACUGCGAUGGCAGAGAUGCAGGAGGACGAGGAAACCCCUACAGGAGCCAGCAAUAAUGAUGACAUAUUUGACGAUUGCGACUCGCAGGAACUGGCAUGCAUUGGUCCUAAGAAUGAUCCCACAUCUGAAGAUGUGAAAGUUGUCAGCGAGAAAGAAAGAUCUCCUAAAGCCGAUUGUGUAGUCAACCUAAAUGACGGCGCGUCUGUCGUUUCUCCAGUCAAUGCCAACAACAGUCAUCCAUCUGUCCCAGCUGAUACUCAGCAUGGGAAAGGGCUCGUUUCUAACGUUAAUAACGCAGCUUCGAGUGGUCAGCCACAACGUCAGCAGCAAGAACACCAAGCUGACGAGUCCCCACAAGGUCAGCGGCCUGAGCAACAAGCAGUCGACCUCUCUGAUGAUCCAUUCAAGAAAAACAUUCAACUCAAAUAUGUUGAACAGCCCGAACACCAACCAAUCAUGCUCCAGAAUGUCCAGAAGCCUCAUUACCUACAAGAUGAUCUCCAACACGGCGAGCAACUUGGAGAACUUGUCUUUUCUCCGCAUUUAAAACAGAGUAAAGAAAUGAAGAAACAUAAGCCAAAGCACAAAGCGAACACCAGAUCCCCAUACGAAAGGCCCUCUCGAGGAAGUAGGUCAGAUUUAAAUUAUCGUCUUCGUGAUCCAAAAUCUACUGAUUCUAAUGCAUAUUCUAAUUGUGUUCUGCCUACAAACUCCAGACGUGCAGUUCGUGAGUUACGAUCAUUACUUCCACCGCCUUCUAAUGAUUCUCCAAACGAUUUAACGAGUUCAUCUAAUGAUUCUGCACUGCCAAAUACAAGGGAAAAUUCAUUUAAUAGGACUUCCAACUCCCUUCACAAACUUCAAACUGGGACUACUAGGAACUAUGUUAAUAUCCUGGAACAGCAACAAGAGGAAAAUUUGCCGAGCGCCUCGACUGUCCAGCCCAGCGCCCCUAUUCUGCAAAACAGUUCCGUGCACAAGCUUGAAAAUGCGUCUGCUCGGUCUAAGGCCUGCAAAAGGAAAAUAAAACAACAAAGUCUCUCUAGCCCGGACUACAUCGUGGGCUGUCAAAGGUGUGGUGUUCCAUAUACAAACAUAGGACAUCUUCCGAAUAACACAAGGUCCCAAGGAGCUAAUAAAAAAUAUCGGUGUGCCAAGUGUGAUUAUACAUUCAAGCAGGUCAACAUUGACAAUCAUAAUCUACUAGUUCAUGAGCCACCCAUCAUUAGUGACGUCAACUUGGCACGGCAAGGAGAGACUGACUUGGCAAACACGUCGACGCCCGGGGCCAGCGUGUCGACGCCCGGGGCCAGCGUGUCGACGCCCGGGGCCAGCGUGUCGACGCCCGGGGCCAGCGUGUCGACGCCCGGGGCCAGCGUGUCGACGCCCGGGGCCAGCGUGUCGACGCCCGGGGCCAGCGUGUCGACGCCCGGGGCCAGCGUGUCGACGCCCGGGGCCAGCAUCUCGGUAAACGGGCAAGGCACUUCAUCUGCUCCUCUACCGUCUCGGGAAAAUGUUCUCUCUAACUAUAAUGGAAAAGCAGCACGUAAAAAAUCAUUUGACCCGCUCUUCAAGGUGGACUGUCAACUGUGUAGUAUUACAUGCGCCCACAAAGGAAUGCUCAAGAAUCAUAUGAAAGCCCAUGGUGCUAAUAGGGAUUAUAGUUGCUCCCUGUGUGAUUGUUCUUUCAAUAAGGAACGCAACCUUGUGAAUCAUAAUUUACGCGCUCAUAAGACAUCGAUGCCAGGUAAAAAUACCCCGGCACCGCAACGAGGGGAAGACUUGCAAAGCACGUCAACAUCUCUGCCUAGAGAGCAGCCUAUUCAACGAAGCACCUCUGGAAACUUGGGUGAUGCUUCACCAUAUACUAUGGCAGAUGUUUCAUUUAAAGCCGAAACGAACAAAACGUUUUCCUACAAGGUGAACUGUCCAAAGUGUGGUAGUAAAUUUGCAAACGGAGGACACCUUACGAAUCACAUGAAAUCUCAUGGUGCUAAUGAAAGAUACGAGUGCUCCGUGUGCGACUGUGUCUUCAAGGAGAAAAAGUUCCUUGAAAACCACAUAAAACGCUCUCAUGAAGCACAGAUGAAGCCCAGUAAUUACUUGGAAGAGCAACAAAAGGAAAACGUGCCGAGCAACGUGGCGCCACCGCCUAGUAGCUUGGCUCCGCCUAGCAGCUGCCCGGCUCCGGCGCCUAGAAGCUGCCCGGCUCCGGCGCCUAGAAGCUGCCCGGCUCCGGCGCCUAGAAGCUGCCCGGCUCCGGCGCCUAGAAGCUGCCCGGCUCCGGCGCCUAGAAGCUGCCCGGCUCCGGCGCCUAGAAGCUGCCCGGCUCCGGCGCCUAGAAGCUGCCCGGCUCCGGCGCCUAGAAGCUGCCCGGCUCCGGCGCCUAGAAGCUGCCCGGCUCCGGCGCCUAGAAGCUGCCCGGCUCCGGCGCCUAGAAGCUGCCCGGCUCCGGCGCCUAGAAGCUGCCCGGCUCCGGCGCCUAGAAGCUGCCCGGCUCCGGCGCCUAGAAGCUGCCCGGUUCCGCCGCCUAGAAGCUGCCCGGUUCCGCCGCCUAGAAGCUGCCCGGUUCCGCCGCCUAGAAGCUGCCCGGUUCCGCCGCCUAGAAGCUGCCCGGUUCCGCCGCCUAGAAGCUGCCCGGUUCCGCCGCCUAGAAGCUGCCCGGCUCCGCCGCCUAGUAGCUUGGCUCCACCUAGCAGCAGCCCGGCUUCGCCGCCUAGCAGCAGCCCGGCUUCGCCGCCUAGCAGCAGCCCGGCUUCGCCGCCUAGCAGCAGCCCGGCUCCGCCGCCUAGUAGCUGCCCGGCUCCGCCGCCUAGUAGCUGCCCGGCUCCGCCGCCUAGUAGCUUGGCUCCACCUAGCAGCAGCCCGGCUCCACCGCCUAGAAGCUGCCCGGCUCCGCCGCCUAGUAGCUUGGCUCCACCUAGCAGUUGCCCGGCUCCGCCGCCUAGCAGCUGCCCGGCUCCGCCCAAGAGAAUGGCGGCUCCGCCGCCUAGCAGCCGGGCUCCGCCGCCUAGCAGCCGGGCUCCGCCGCCUAGCAGCCGGGCUCCGCCGUCUAGCAGCCGGGCUCCGCCGCCUAGCAGCCGGGCUCCGCCGCCUAGCAGCCGGGCUCCGCCGCCUAGCAGCCGGGCUCCGCCGCCUAGCAGCCGGGCUCCGCCGCCUAGCAGCCGGGCUCCGCCGCCUAGCAGCCGGGCUCCGCCGCCUAGCAGCCGGGCUCCGCCGCCUAGCAGCCGGGCUCCGCCGCCUAGCAGCCGGGCUCCACCGAAUAUGAGUGCGGCUCUACUGCCUUGCAGCUCUGAUCCAGCCAACAGGCGCGCGGCUGCACCGCCGAGCAGCUCAACUGCACCCACCAGAAGCGCGGCUGGUAAGGAUUAUGGUGCUAGUAAGGGUUAUAGUUGUUCCCUGUGUAAUUGUUCUUUCAAUAAAUUAGUCAACCUUGUGACGCAUAAUUUACUCAUUCAUAAGGCAUCGAUACCCAGUAAAAAUACCCCGGCACCGAAACGAGAGGAAGACUUGCAAAGCACGUCUACACCUCGGCCUAGAAAGCAGCUUAUUCAACCAAGCACCUCUGAAAACUUGGGUGAUACUUCUCUAUUUACUCAGGCAAAUGUUUCAAUUAAAGCCAAAACGAAAAAAACUUCCUGCAAGGUUAGCUGUCCAAAGUGUGGUAUUACAUUUGCAAACAGAGGAUGCCUUAAGAAUCACAUUAAAAACCAUGGUGCUAAUAAAAUAUACAAGUGUUCCGUGUGCGACUGUUCUUUCAACGCGAAAAUGUCCCUUAAAAAUCACACACAACACGCUCAUAGAGCACAGAUGCAACACAAUAAUUACUUGGAAGAGCAACAAGAGGGAAACAUGCCGAGGAACGUGGCUCCACCCCCUAGUAGCUCGGUUCCACCGCCUAGCAGCUCGGCUCCACCCCCUAGUAGCUCGGUUCCACCGCCUAGCAGCUCGGCUCCACCCCCUAGUAGCUCGGUUCCACCGCCUAGCAGCUCGCCUCCACCCCCUAGCAGCUCGGCUCCACCCCCUAGCAGCUCGGCUCCACCCCCUAGCAGCUCGGCUCCACCGCCUAGCAGUUCGGUUCCACCCCCUAGCAGCUCGGCUCCACCCCCUAGCAGCUCGGCUCCACCCCCUAGCAGCUCGGCUCCACCCCCGAGCAGCUCGGCUCCACCCCCGAGCAGCUCGGCUCCACCCCCGAGCAGCUCGGCUCCACCCCCGAGCAGCUCGGCUCCACCCCCGAGCAGCUCGGCUCCACCCCCGAGCAGCUCGGCUCCACCCCCGAGCAGCUCGGCUCCACCCCCGAGCAGCUCGGCUCCACCCCCGAGCAGCUCGGCUCCACCCCCGAGCAGCUCGGCUCCACCCCCGAGCAGCUCGGCUCCACCCCCGAGCAGCUCGGCUCCACCCCCGAGCAGCUCGGCUCCACCCCCGAGCAGCUCGGCUCCACCCCCGAGCAGCUCGGCUCCACCCCCGAGCAGCUCGGCUCCACCCCCGAGCAGCUCGGCUCCACCCCCGAGCAGCUCGGCUCCACCCCCGAGCAGCUCGGCUCCACCCCCGAGCAGCUCGGCUCCACCCCCGAGCAGCUCGGCUCCACCCCCGAGCAGCUCGGCUCCACCCCCGAGCAGCUCGGCUCCACCCCCGAGCAGCUCGGCUCCACCCCCGAGCAGCUCGGCUCCACCCCCGAGCAGCUCGGCUCCACCCCCGAGCAGCUCGGCUCCACCCCCGAGCAGCUCGGCUCCACCCCCGAGCAGCUCGGCUCCACCCCCGAGCUGCUCGGCUCCACCCCCGAGCUGCUCGGCUCCACCCCCGAGCUGCUCGGCUCCACCCCCGAGCUGCUCGGCUCCACCCCCGAGCUGCUCGGCUCCACCCCCGAGCUGCUCGGCUCCACCCCCGAGCUGCUCGGCUCCACCCCCGAGCUGCUCGGCUCCACCCCCGAGCUGCUCGGCUCCACCCCCGAGCUGCUCGGCUCCACCCCCGAGCUGCUCGGCUCCACCCCCGAGCAGCUCGGCUCCACCCCCGAGCAGCUCGGCUCCACCCCCGAGCAGCUCGGCUCCGCCCCCGAGCAGCUCGGCUCCGCCCCCGAGCAGCUCGGCUCCGCCCCCGAGCAGCUCGGCUCCGCCCCCGAGCAGCUCGGCUCCGCCCCCGAGCAGCUCGGCUCCGCCCCCGAGCAGCUCGGCUCCGCCCCCGAGCAGCUCGGCUCCGCCCCCGAGCAGCUCGGCUCCGCCCCCGAGCAGCUCGGCUCCGCCCCCGAGCAGCUCGGCUCCGCCCCCGAGCAGCUCGGCUCCGCCCCCGAGCAGCUCGGCUCCGCCCACCAGAAGCGUGGCUCCACCGCCGAGCAGCUCGGCUCUACCCACCAGGAGUGCAGCUCCACCCACCAGGAGUGCAGCUCCACCCACUAUAAACAGGUGGAGGAGAGAGAUGGGUUUUGACGGAUGGGUGGAUCCGGUUGUGCCUCAACGCAGACUCACGUGGUGGAGACAUUGGGACGGCAUAAGCUCGGCGGCUGCAGCGCCGAGCGGCGGGGCGGCUGCAGCGCCGAGCGGCGGGGCGGCUGCAGCGCCGAGCGGCGGGGCGGCUGCAGCGCCGAGCGGCGGGGCGGCUGCAGCGCCGAGCGGCGGGGCGGCUGCAGCGCCGAGCGGCGGGGCGGCUGCAGCGCCGAGCGGCGGGGCGGCUGCAGCGCCGAGCGGCGGGGCGGCUGCAGCGCCGAGCGGCGGGGCGGCUGCAGCGCCGAGCGGCAGGGCGGCUGCAGCGCCGAGCGGCGGGGCGGCUGCAGCGCCGAGCGGCGGGGCGGCUGCAGCGCCGAGCGGCGGGGCGGCUGCAGCGCCGAGCGGCGGGGCGGCUGCAGCGCCGAGCGGCGGGGCGGCUGCAGCGCCGAGCGGCGGGGGGCGGCAGGAAAUAUAA